AACUGCACCCCGCGAACAAAAUAGUAAUCCACUGUCUCCAUUACCUCAGUGUCAAGUUACUGUCAUUAGUGUCAUUACCUCACUGUGAAGUGGAUCUCCUAGUUCUAGAAGGUUCGUUUGUCGCUGUCCGGUGUGAAGUUCCGGGAUCUUCUGAAGUCAGAGCUGCAGGUCAUCGUGUCUGGGAGCCUUAAGUGGCCUUAGGUUGUUGUUCUCGUGGCCCUGUUGCUUCAUCAAUAGUCCAUAUCACCACAGUAUAUUGGAAGGCCAACUAUGGCAACACCACUCAGCUGUGAGAGCGACACUUCUGAUGGCAACGUAGCGGACUCAGGAGGGAUAGAAAGAGACUCUGAUGUCGUUACGAUGCCCGAACAAUAUCCGCUGGAUGUCUUGUGGUACGACAUGGGAUAUGGGAAUGGAGCCAGAAUGCGCAGAAAAUGUGUCAUCUUCAACUUCUGGAAGUUUGCUGGAGGGGAUGAACGAAAGGGAACCGAAAAAGACAAAGAGAGGAUAAGAAAGGUGUUUGGAGAAAAGCUUGGAUUUGAUGUUGACGUCCAUGAAAACCUCGAAAAAGAGGCGAUGCUAGAAACUCUUAAAAAGUUGGCUGGCGAGGAUCAUUCACGCUCAUGUUGCCUCUGCUUGUUUGUGUUGAGCCAUGGAAGAGAUGAUAUCAUAUGUUGUUCAGACAACCAACAAAUUCAACUAUCCGACGUGUAUGGACAGUUCGACCCGACGAACUGUAAAGGCCUGACCAAUAAACCUAAACUGUUUUUCAUUCAGGCUUGCCGGGGUGGUGAGAAAGACACAGGCGUUCAAUAUGAUGGUACAGUUGAUAGUGACGCAUGGAGCUUCACAAGAACGGUUCCCAGAUAUGCUGAUUUCUUUGUGUUCUACGCCACAUGCCCCGGUGUGCUCUCGUACAGACACCCGCUUGAAGGAUCCUAUUUUAUUCAGACUCUCUGUGAAAUUUUGGAGAGAAACCACCAUGUGACAGAUUUCAUGACUAUGAUGACACAUGUCUGCCAUUAUGUAGCAGAGCAGGACAUUCCCGUUUCCUCUGCGGAAGUGCACAAGCAGAUGCCGAACAUUAAUUCUACUCUGAGGAAGAGUUUACUGUUUGCGGCUCCGGCGGCCAAGGUGACAGCGACACAGCCAAGCAGUGCUGCUCAGAAAUGUGAACACGCCUUGGCACGCACAACCAUCAAGGUGCAUCUGAUGUUUAUGAAACCGUACUGGUACUGUCUGGAGAAGCACAUUGGUCAUUGGCCUGCAGUGUAGAUUAUGCACUUGAAAAGGAGUCAUUUGGUGCAGGUUUUCUCACUUUCUGUGUUAGAAUGUGCCCAGUCCAUAUUGAAUAACAAAAAAAAAAAAAAAAUGCGAAAGGAACAUGGAGAAGAACUGAGGAAGUCUACAUGAGGCAGAACUGCCAGCAACUCAAUGUUUUGUCAAGAAUACCCUACCGCUGACGCCGUGUCAGUGUGCAAGGAGAAGCAGAUCACUCAGGCACACCACCUCCACCAUGCAAAAAUGCUGGUUGGCAAGGCCACACACAGCUUUAUCCAGAAACGCGAUUAAUGUUCUGCCAUCAUUUGAAGACACGGGGGUGUAGGCUACAAAACAGAAAGUGCAUUUACCUAAGUAUACACUAUUUCUCUUUUUAGCGGAUCACAACGUUCGCUUAAACAGGAGACGUCCCUGGGAACCAGGUCAGAAUCGACAGUGGUUCCAGGAAAGCUGACCUCGUUGUCUCCCAUUUAGUCCCUCAUUAAAGGGCUAUGGGGCUGUGAGGAAAAUGGCUUCCCAAGUUGUGGGAGGAAGGGGAAAAUGGCGAGUCGUAACAGCUCAUGAAAAGACGUCAUCACCUCAUAGGUGUAUGCGUUCUGUUCAUGCAAAUGCAACUUACAGCACAAAGCUGCACGUGCAUAAAGUUUAACAAAACGGUGCACAGCGAGCAUGAAUAUUGUGUACAUUAGCUAAAUGAAUUUGGAAAGGAACUCCUGUUGCAUAGUGCUGAUGCUCGGCUAGGGUACAGAGAUAACAUGUGACCAUUGCUUACUUUGACCAGUCCUCUUCCAUGGCGAGGGUAAAAAUGAUGUCGGAUGAGACGGCGCGACGACCAUCAUUUGUAGUUCUUUCCCUUUUUUUCCAUUUGGAGCUCAGACAGCUGUUUCAGCUCGUCAAUUUCUGAGUCUGUUAGCUUUGCGAAUCCCCCAUGGUGGCACACCUUUACCUCCUUCCCAUUGAUCAGGCUUGUGACGUACACAGCUUCUCCGUAUCUAAUUUCAACCUCGUUGAUGUCUCGAACGGCAAACUUGUGAUUCUUGGGGAUGGUGCUCAUUUGCUGUAUCUCCCCAUCCCCAUACUUCUGCAACCUAUGAAACAUUUGAAGAAGUGAAUACAUGCUUACUUUGGUUUUUAUUGAUGAUGCGACUAUUUUUGAUGAUUUUCAUGAAGUAAACUCUACAGAAACAGUGCCGACUGAUUCUCAGAACAUUAAGAAUUCGUUAAUUAUAUUCCAUGAUUGCUUAGCUGACAGGGAACGACCGUUUAUGUAGCGGGUUGCCACCAUCUUCAUCACUCAGUACUUAUUUGUCAAUGACCCACAAUACAGGUGUCAUGGCAGUGGUGUGGUAGUUUUGGCGCUCUAUGGCCUUUGUUGCCUUUGUGCCAUUAAAACCAUAAUCUCUCUCUCUCUCCCCUUAGUUUUAUGUCAUAGAAGUCGUAUUACAGAUGAGAUUCAACUGUUUUUGAUCAAUCAUUCAAUACUUGAAUUUGCUCAAUACUUCAUUCCUUAUUUUUAAAAUACCAAUUAAUUGUACUCGUGGUAUGUACUGAUGAGCAAAUUAUUGCAACUUUAGAUUUAAGGGAUAAAGGUGCAUGCAAGGUGCACUUGCAGCAGUGCGAAACGUCUGUUUAUACGAAGUGACAUGCAGUUAUUGUAGCACACACUCAUCUCAAAAUUACGAUAGCCUUAAAAUGCUGCGAAGCUGCAAACUAUUGCACAGAGCCAGUCCGGCUACACAAAAUGUAGAAUUAAUCGAGGCUCUAAAUUUUACAAUCCUGCAAUUUGAGAGACAGUAACGUAAACAAAAUGUAACGGUAACAACAAUAGCCGUUAUCAUAAUAGCCAUUGGCAGUAGUAGGUAUUGUUUGCACGCAUAGCCAGCAUCUCCCAACAUAAUGCCUGGGUAAUGUGCAGUUUCGAGUUUGACCCCAAUCCUGCUGUUCUGGAAAAUACGACCGUCGUUGGUGGAUCCGGCCCAGCGCUGGGCUUCUUCACACUUCAUAAAACUGUCGCUGCAACGAACUAAGACAGAAUAGCAAUAUACGCACGUGAACGUUCAGCAGAAACACAACCUUCCUUUUCGGAAGAGUUCGGCCUGUUCACCAUCGGCGCUCUGUAUGGAAAUGUGCGUCCCAUCAAUGCACUCUGCAACACUAGGGAAUCAAGCAAUGUGAUAAAACUUUAUCGGCACGUCUUGUAUUUCUUCACGUGUGGGCAUCUUGACAUAACGAGUAGACUGUAAGAGUAACUUGUAGACUUGCAAAUACUUCUGACACCUCGACGACUGCUCUUGAUAGGAUUGGUUGGCUAGCAUUGACUAUAUCACCGUUUCCAGUAUGCAAAGAUCCUGUGAAAAAAAAGAAAAAGAGUAAAAAGAGUGUGAAACAGUGGCGGAAACAGGCUUCCUCGAUCAUUCACACUGCCGGAGAGUCCUAGCAGAUCAACAAGUUCGCAGACACCCCCCUUCGGUGUCAUAUCUUCUGACAAAUUUUGACCGCUCAUAUAUGUCGAAGGGAUUGCUUCAGUCUUGCAGUUUCUUAUGCGGCACAAACUGUCCUUUCUCGGACAACCUGACGACAUGUUGUACAAAAUCAAUCAAAUCGUACUCGGCAAUAUAUUCCGCCAUUAUGCUCAAGGGGAUGCAGAUGGACGUCAGUCCUGCCCUUGAGGGUAGGGAACUGUUGGUUGAUGGUGCUGCCUUCGAGAGCGCUUCGAGAACAGACUAGAGGGCCCUUCGAGGUGCACUCCACCUCAGAUAUCCCUUAGGGCUCAGUGGGAAUCUGGCGGUAAGAAACAACAACAACAACUUUAUUUUGAAAUGGAAAGUGAGGAGGUUCAUCGCCAGAGGCGAUACUCUACCCUAUUGCUGGUGGGAAGGUGAGAAAUAAAAUAAUGAGCCCCUUCACAAUAACGAUCGAAGUCCGAUAGUGUCCAGAAAUGUCAAAAGAGCUUUGAGCGCAGAUCUUUGCUGGGCUGGACUGGGCCAGGGGCCAAGUAAUUUCGAUAGGGAGAAGGGGCGAGAGCCCAGCUGACUAAGAGACUCGGAGAGUGCGGUUGGGGAAGGUUGGUAGUGGGGUCAAUGAAGAAGAAUGUGCUCCAGAUCCUCAAGAGCACCACUGUGGCAGCAGGUGGGAGAGUCAACUUGUCUGAAGCGGUAACGCCACUGAGCUGUAAAGGCCACAUCGAGUCGCAUUCGGUGGAUUAAUGCAGCAUCUUGACGAGAGGUAUUCCGUGGCAUGCGGAAAGCGAGCGUUGGAUAAACUCUGCUCAACAUAGAUGGGGGGAGAAUGUCUGUUGUCUACUGGCGGGAAACCAGGGGUGUCACGAGGCGUCACAGAAUGGAACGGCGGUCUCCUCUCAGCAGAACAAUACUGGUCCGUUUCCGAUACGAGAGUGCUGCUUCUGCGGCGCUGUCGGGCUGCUCGUUCCCCAGGACACCACAAUGGACUGGAACCCACUGGAGAACUAGCCUGUGGCCUGCUGCGUAGAGAGUGUGGUAAGCCAUUAAUACAUCUGUGACUAGGGGUGCGGAUGGGCCUCGUACGCUGAAAUUUGCAAUAGCUUGAAGUGCAGAUUUGGAGUCUGUGAAGACUGUCCAUUCCCGCAGGGUAAAAUCAGCGACGUGUUGUAGAAAGAAAAGGAUGGCAUAGUGUUCUGGGAGCUGUUGAGGAGGUUGGAUGUGAAAGGCGUCGUCCUUGCACUUGCACAGCUCGGCACUUCCUACGUUUGCGUGCUCACAUCCGCCGUCGCCCGCUCCUCAGGAAAAUUCGAUACCGCCCUGAAAGCGACUUCUAUCGAGUGGCACAGAGGACACGCCAGACUCUCACUGGCUUCAUAGCUAAGGACAUUAUACCGCCCUGGUCUCUGCCGGUACCGCCGACUUUCGUAAGCCUUCCGAAUCUUCUGGAAAGAAGAGAUAAGGUCCCCCUCAAAUCCUCCGAGCCCAUUUUCAUGGUCUGGUAGACGAGAAGUUUUCUACGUUUACGGCAGCAUAUACCGAUGGCGCAUCUCGCAACAACAAGUCCGCCUGGCGGUAAGACAAGCCUCCUAAGCCUGCAUUUCUGCUCGAGCAAAAGGUUUAGUAUACCGUCGCAUGCUUUGUGUUGCGUGUUUACCGUGCCUGACUUCUCAUACUUUAUGACCCGAAACAUUCAUUCUGAGGUAACAGGAAUUCAUAGGAAAUACAAUGCCUAUUGAUACCAGCAUCACCAGGAGCCUGAUUCUAGCAACCAGAGGGAAUGCUCAAGGGCUGUAAGUGAACAGUGAGGUUAUCUUACGAAAACAUUUUUGUUCUCGCCGGAGUGCUUCAUCCAGUGUCGUUGUAUCUCUAUCAAGCACCCCACUCUCCACCAUCCGAAGUAAUGGUAGAAAGACAUGGCUGGAGAAGGAACCUUCCUUAAUUGAAAUUUUCAGUUUUCAAUUUUCAAGCUUUGAAUUCGUUUGGAGCACAUCCCUGUCACAUUUUUAUCCCUCUGGCUGCGAAGAAGGCUAUGCUCAAUCUCUGCACGAUAGCUGAGCCAAGAUAUGAUAAGCGCUACCGAAGGCGGGGCAAGACAGCACGAUCAUUUUCUUGUUAUUUUCGUUUUGUCACACAUCAUCCUUUCCGAUUUCGGAGCUAAUCAAACCUUCCUUACCACCCGAAGAGAAAAUCUGCCGCACGGCUUCAAUGUUUCGUUAGGAAUACCUUUUCACUGAACCCGUGCGAGCGCGCAAGCUGCGCCGCACCUCGAUUGUAGACGACGAAUGCCGGAUCAAUUAGGAUAAUAAAAAUAUUGCCUCCAUGUAACAGAAAAGCUUGGCAAUGUUACUUGUGCUGUGAUACUGUACCUCAUUCAUGGCACUCAAUAUGGAUUUCAGCCUUGGGGAAAGCGUUGGUUUGGGCGUCGAUAGAGAGAGUCGCCCGCUCGUUUGGAGGAAAGGGGAAAGGUAUGUGUAAACGCGCAGGAAAUGAGAUGUGCUCGUCCCUAUGUGGAGGUGGAGCUGGCCUCAGCUCGUUUGCCAUUCUACAGUGUAUAUUUUCUGUGUGUUACUUUGGACUUGUGUGCAUCUAAUGGAUUCAUAAAAUUAGGGCGGGCUUAGUGGCGUCCGAGCCAUGCUGUUUUACAUGAAAACGUCGCAAUCUUCAAUUCCCUUGUUCGUCUUGGGAUUUUAGGCAAAGAAAUGCAAGUAUUUAUGAACUUAUUCAACAGGGUAUGAGCCCGCAUGAUUUUAGUGAAACAAACACAAUACUCAUUCAAGAGGGCAAGGACUCGCUUUGCACGCCGGCUGGCAAAUUUGCCCUCCGCUGCUAGCUUGCUUCGGCGCUCCCGUUGCUCUCUCGAUCACUCGGUACCGUGGGUUAUUCUCGAGCCUGCCUUUUUCCUAUUGACAUUUCCUUCGGUUCUUCACUUAGUUCAUCUUAGGUUCCUGUAUACCGGCGUUCUGGCAAAUGUUUGUGAUUUCAACUUUGGAAAUUUAUACAAUUUAGGUUAUUGUUCAAGCAGAUAUCGCUUAUGGUCCACGUACAACUUCUGAUGUGCUUUCGAACGACAGCUCGAUCGCCGUCCUAGCUUUACGCGUGUAGACUAUAUAGAUCUAACUGUUGGAUGGUAUCGGUUUAUUUCUCAUCCCGUUGUUCCCGUCUUGAAAUUCGUCAUAAUUUCGUUGCACCGCAAAUUUUGCGAUGGCUACCCAACCAAACUUACAGACAUUUUUACGUCAAAAAGUAAGCUUAGUAGUAUCUGUUAGCUGGGAUGAAAAUUGUCCUGAUAUUGCAUAUUAUGUUCCUCAGUGUUCGCCUAGCUUAGGUCACGAGGGUGAUAUUUUUAGAAGUGUCUCUUCUUAAAAUUUGUGUGCUAUGGUGAAAUAUAACUCUGUGAUAGUGUUCAUUAUUUUAAGUCCUGGUUGGCGUGCUUUUUGAUCGAUAGACUCAUACCGUGCCCUUCGAAAAAUGUGAUUUAUUUACACAAAUAUGUUUUGUUUGAUAUUGAUUCAAUUACAAUGAUAAACAGUGCCUAAUGGAGAAAACAUUGGUUGAGGUGGGUAUAAUUAGGGUGUAUUUACAUUCAUCCGUAUCAUUGAUCUUGUGUUGAAUCACAUUAAUAAAAUAAUUUUGCUCGUACAACUGUGUAUGUCUAUUCUUUGGCUGUAAUAGGCUUUAAUAAACAUAUAUUUACACUUGUCCUUUUUGUGUGUGUCUGUUCUUCCAUGUCUAUAAUCACAUGUUGGAAGCGCAUGCGCUCGUGACCUAUAUCGCGGUGGGGGUGGGGAGUCUAAAUUGCGCCUACAGUGGAUAACGACAUAUAAUACUGGCGCCCAGUAGGAGCGGGAACUGCUUCCCAAGAGCGUCUCCUUUCGUCUUUCAGAAACUUGUGGAAUUGGAACAUUGCACGCUGAAUUAUUAUUGCAGACGGGAGAGAAGCAACGCGCAUUUUCGGUACGGAGCACGAGACACUCUGCGCCAGGUAGCCUCUUCGAUUAACCUAGCAAAUGCUUUGCCUCCAAACUAAGCAAAACUUGCGUUCCUCGUGGGUUCGAUAAAGCCACAGAUAAUUGCUCAUUAAUCGCGCAUCACUCUUGUAAUACUUCCUCAAUCUCAAUCUCUGCACCUCACAUGCUGGUUCGACCAGCCAGGCGGAAGAAACCAAGCGAAAUGUCAUGCGUAGCCAAAACAGUCCCGACCUCGAGUGUCACGUUGACACAGGGUUUACGGGCCGCAUGUCAGAAUGUCAGUGAAACUAAAAAUUUACUUUUCAAAAAAAAAAAAAAAAAAGAAGAAGAAAGAAAGAGAAAAACGCGAAUAGUUUGGGAUAACUACUUUGCACACAUAAUCAGUGUUCCCCAAUGAACAUGUUGUGCGUGUUAAGCUCGAAAAUCAGCGUAUCUGUGCUUUAAGAGGAAUAACUCAAAACCGGUAUUCUGCAAUGCACUAAAGCUCUGCCUGACUGAAUUACGUAUAAAGUGGAAAAUCGUGCACGGAACACCAUAGAACAAUCUCGUUUUGGUAGUCGAUGAACCUUCUGCUGAUCCUGUCGACUGUGUCAUGUCAGACAUAAACGGGAAAUCGACUUGGCGAAAGCUGGCCGUUGGUGGCCGGUAAUAGUAAAUUAAUUUUAAACGCAUUUUAAGAUCAUAUUAUGCGUUAUUCGUACUCGGGUUGCAUCAUACGGGGGGG